AUGCCGACCUUUGGAGGUCUCCUCAAAAAAAAGAAGACCAAAGAGUCUUCUGACGACAAACCUGCGCAAUCAGGCGGCGGCAGUUAUCAGCCCAUUCAAUACAAGUCCUCCCAAAAGACCGACACCACAUCGCCUGUCUCUUCCAGGACUACAGGCGCCUCCGAUGCACCCUCUCAGGCCACCACCGCUGUGACCACCACCUCCACUCCAGAACCUCAUGCCAAGACAGUCGAAAGCAACGGCGGUGUCGACAUGAACGCUGCCGCCGUCGUCAGCCCUACCGGGGGCGUGGUGGAUUCUAAGCCAGUACAGAGACAAACAAAGGGCAAAUACACCCUCUCGGACUUCGCGAUCCAGCGGACCCUGGGUACGGGCUCGUUUGGGCGGGUGCAUCUGGUGCAGUCGAAACAUAACCAACGCUUCUAUGCCAUCAAGGUCUUGAAGAAGGCCCAAGUGGUCAAGAUGAAACAAAUCGAGCACACCAACGACGAGAGACGUAUGCUGCAGCGGGUCAAGCACCCCUUCCUCAUCACGCUCUGGGGCACGUUCCAGGAUUCGAAGAACCUGUACAUGGUCAUGGACUUUAUCGAAGGUGGAGAGCUUUUCAGUCUGCUUCGAAAGUCUCAGCGCUUCCCCAACCCCGUAGCCAAGUUCUAUGCCGCUGAAGUCACAUUGGCGCUCGAAUAUCUGCACGGACAGAAUAUCAUCUACCGCGACCUGAAGCCCGAAAACCUGCUUUUGGACAGGCACGGCCAUGUCAAGAUCACGGAUUUUGGGUUUGCCAAAGAAGUGCCCGACAUUACCUGGACCCUGUGCGGUACUCCGGAUUACCUGGCCCCCGAGGUUGUGGCUUCAAAAGGGUACAAUAAGUCAGUGGACUGGUGGUCUCUAGGGAUCUUGAUCUUCGAAAUGCUUUGUGGAUUCACCCCGUUCUGGGAUGGAGGUUCUCCUGUCAAGAUUUACGAGAACAUCCUCAAAGGAAGAGUCAAAUAUCCUCCCUACAUCCAUGCCGAUGCUCAAGACCUCCUGGUUCAAUUGAUCACAAAUGACUUGACCAAGAGACUGGGCAAUUUGCAUGGCGGCCCCGCAGACAUCAAGAAUCAUGCCUGGUUCGCAGAGGUCACCUGGGAGCGACUAUUGAAGAAAGAUAUUGACGCCCCGUACGUUCCACCAGUGAAAGGCGGAGCUGGUGAUGCCAGUCAGUUCGACAAAUACCCCGAGGAGACGGAAGAAUAUGGCAAGAAAGGAGAGGACCCGUUCGGCCAUUUUUUCGUGGACUUUUAA